AUGCUCAGCCUCUCCCGAUCUCCGUCCCCAGUAGAAGAAAUGCAAGUUUCAAACGCUUCAUGGGUUGAGGUGAGAAACAGGACCCCAGGCCCUUUUGAGGGGCCGCAAUGGCCCUACGUGGCCCCACAGAGCACCUACAUAUCAGUGGCUGUCCUCAUGGGGCUGGUGGUCAUCUCGGCCACCUUGGUGAAUGGCUUGGUGAUUGUGGUCUCUGUCCAGUUCAAGAAGCUCCGCUCUCCUUUGAACUACGUCCUGGUGAACCUGGCCGUGGCUGAUCUCUUGGUCACCUUAUUUGGGAGCACCAUCAGCUUCGUAAACAAUGCCCACGGCUUCUUUAUCUUUGGCCAGGCGACCUGCGAAUUUGAAGGCUUCAUGGUCUCCUUAACAGGUAGGGAGAUGACCCUGGUGGCCCUUUGGUUUCCUUUGAAAAGCAGUUAUCAGACCUUGCAUUUACCGUAUUUUUCGCUCCAUAAGACGCACCUAGUUUUUAGAGGAUGAAAACAAGAAAAAAAAUAUUUUGAACGAAACAGUGGAUGUAUGAUUUUUGUGGUUCUUGCUGUGGCCACAGACAUGUGAUCUGAUGGUGAAUUUGAGGUGACCCAAUGCAAAAAUCCUGAGGAUCCAUGGGCUUUUACCUCCCCCCUCCCAGGCAGCCUCUGCUAGUGUCCCUUAUCUCUCUUCCAAUCCCACUGAUCAGCUGUUUCCUUUCAACACGCCCUUCCCUCUUGUUUGCCUUAGUGUCUUUUCCUUAGCUGGAGCAGUUUUUUGCUCCUCCUUUUCUUCUAAUUUCUCUCCUUAUUGCUUUAGCCUUCCUGUUUCCCCCUUUGCAAGUUUGCUGUCUUUACCUCCCCACUCCCAGGCGGCCUCCUUUAUCUCUAGCAUCCCUUAUCUCUCUCCCUGAUCGGCAAAUGAUCAGCGGCUUUGUUUCAACACCCACUUCCCUCUUUCAAAAAAAAAAAAAAAAGCAUGAUCUGCUUUUUACCCCUGGGCAAUUCGGCUCCAGGGACCAUGCAUUCGCUCCGUAAGACGCACAGACAUUUCCCCUUACUUUUUAGGAAGAAAAAAGUGCGUCUUAUGGAGCGAAAAAUACGGUAUACGCUACUGUUGGAGCAUUCGGAGCGCACUGUGCGUCGCACAUCUCCAUAAUCUGCACAACAGUUGCAUUUUCAUGCCAGUGUUAUGGUACUCAUAUUGCAGGUUGGUUGGGUGGGAAGGGAUGCCUGAAGCAGAGGAAGUCAGAGUUGGCCUACAAACACAAUGGGAUAUCGGGAAGGGCCCAACUUAGAAGUGGAACAUCUGCUUUUCAUGCAGAAGGCUCCGGGUUCAAUCCCUGGCAUCUCCAGGAAAAGUUAGGAAUUUUACCCUUUCUGAAAUCCUAGAGGGAGCUGCUGCCAGCGAGUGUGAUCAAUACCGAGUUAGAUGGGUUCAAGGAAGAGGGAUCAAGCUGCCAUCCAGGAAGGCAGCUUCCUAACAUUCCUCUUUAAACCAGCCCUUAAUUCAGAACCCCAAGGACUGGAACCCUGCUUCAUAUUUAGAAGACCUUUGUGACUCAGUGGCAGAAGGUCCCAGGGUUAAUCCCCAAUGGCAUCUCCAGUUGGGGCUGGGGGAGAAUGCUGUCUGAAACCCUGGCAAGCUGCUGCCAGUCAGGGUAGACAAUACUGAACUAGAUGGACCAGCUGUCUGAUUCAGUAUAAAACAUUUUUUUUUAUUUUUCGAAACCUUAGCAAUCUUGAUUUAAAAAAAAAUAAUAAUAAUUUUUUGUUAUUUAUACCCCACCCAUCUGGCUGGGCUUCCCCAGCAACUCUGGGCGGCUUCCAAAAAAAUAUUAAAAUACUGUAAUACAUCAAACAUUAUGGAUGUAGCGCCAUAGUUUCCCAUGAGUAAAUGCCCUUUUUUUGCUGCUAUCUGAUCAUUUAGAAAACUCUAGCCAUUUUUCCCCUUCAUGGAUCACUGCUUUGUAAGGAAAUCAGCCUUGAGUGCUCACUGGAAGGACAGAUCCUGAAGCUGAGACUCCAAUACUUUGGCCACCUCAUGAGAAGAGACGACUCCCUGGAAAAGACCCUGAUGUUGGGAAAGAUGGAGAGCACAAGGAAAAGGGGACGACAGAGGAUGAGAUGGUUGGACAGUGUUCUCGAAGCUACCAGCAUGAGUUUGACCAAACUGCGGGAGGCAGUGGAAGACAGGAGUGCCUGGCGUGCUCUGGUCCAGGGGGUCACGAAGAGUCGGACACGACUAAAUGACUAAACAACAACAAGCCAUUUUUGAGAUUGUGCUCUAGUUAUUCCCCUUCUCUGUGGUCAACCUCUCCUCUCUAGCCCUUCUUUUUCCAACUAGCAUAGGCUGGUCCAUUAGGGAAAAUAGGGCACCGCCUCAUCACCCUCAUUCUUAGCUCAGCCAACCCCAACCUCUCUGCCAUCUUACUUACAACCAGCCCAGAGGGUGGCACUGCCCAUCAGCUCCCUCCUCCUCCUUAGUCUCAGCGUUGCCCUUGCAGAGAGGAGGAGGAUGGGAACAAAACUUGAAUUGCUUGGCUAUGGCGCCACCUGCUGUUGGGCUCCCUGCCUGUUGCCCUACCAUUUCCAAUGGACACCGGUCAACUCUGAGUUUAUGUUAUGAAUAAAACCUGCAUUUUUCAAAGGAAACGCGCAAAAGCUGUGCCCGCUAUGUUUGGCUCUGUUCAUCCCUGAGCUCUUCUCGAGGAUGGGACUACGUGGGGCUACCUUUGAAGGUGGCCCGGAAACUACAACUAAUCCAGAACGCGGCAGCCAGACUGGUGACUGGGAGCGGCUGCCGAGACCAUAUAACACCGGUCUUGAAAGACCUACAUUGGCUCCCAGUACGUUUCCGAGCACAAUUCAAAGUGUUGGUGCUGACCUUUAAAGCCCUAAACGGCCUCGGUCCAGUAUAUCUGAAGGAGCGUCUCCACCCCCAUCGUUUUACCCGGACACUGAGGUCCAGCACCGAACGCCUUCUGGCGGUUCCCUCCCUGCGAGAAGCCAAGUUACAGGGAACCAGGCAGAGGGCCUUCUCAGUAGUGGCACCCGCCCUGUGGAAUGCCCUCCCACCAGAUGUCAAAGAGAACAAUAACUACCAGACUUUUAGAAGACAUCUGAAGGCAGCCCUGUUUAGGGAAGCUUUUAAUGUUUGAUGUAUUACAGUAUUUUAAUAUUUUCUGGAAGCAGCCCAGAGUGGCUGGGGAAGCCCAGCCAGAUGGGCGGGGUAUAAAUAAUAUAUUAUUAUUAUUAUUAUUAUUAUUAUUAUUAUUAUUAUUAUUGACGUGUUCUCUGUUGCUCUAGAAGGCAUGACUAGAACCAAGGUGGAAGCAGAUAUCGGCUAAAACUUUGGAGACACUGCCUGAUGGGAGGAGCAGCAUAACAGGGGAGCUGAACUGUCCCAGGAGCUGGUGGUGAACUCUCUACAGCUGGAGGUCUUUCAGCAGAGUUGGGUCAGCUACCUGCCAGGGAUGCUGCAGGUGCCAGACUCCUGCAUUGAAUAGGGCUUGGACUGGAUGGCCGCUGAGACAUCCCCCCCAACCCUAAAGUUCUAGGUUCAUCUCUUCUUCUUUUUCCCAGGGAUUGUGGGUCUUUGGUCCUUGGCGAUCCUGGCCUUUGAGAGGUAUCUCGUGAUCUGCAAACCAGUGGGCGAUUUCCGCUUCCAGAAAAGGCAUGCCGUGCUUGGUUGUGCUUUCACUUGGGGGUGGUCGUUCGUCUGGACGGUCCCACCACUCCUCGGCUGGAGCAGCUACGUCCCUGAAGGUUUGUUGACAGGGGACUUUAGGAAGCCGCCGCCUUAUGCCGUCUCAGACUGUUUGACCAUCUAGCCCUGAUCUUUUAUAUAUAUAUAUAUAUAUAUAUAUAUAUAAUUUUAUUAAGUUUUCCAUUUUUAUCAUAUUCACAUACCCUACAAUACAGUACAAACACUCAAGAGUUUUCUCCCUUCCUCGAACCCUAGGCUUGAGAACAUCCUGCGGCCCCAACUGGUACAGCGGAGGAAGCAGCAACAACAGCUACAUCAUGACUUUGUUCGUGACCUGCUUUGCAAUGCCUCUCAGCACAAUCCUCUUCUCCUACGCCAGCUUGCUGAUGACGCUGCGAACCGUGAGUACCGGGCAGAGUUGUGCUUGUGCGUGCCCUGUGCUGCUUCGAGCGCAUCGCUGUAGAUGGCCGGGGGCAGCUAGCGGUCCCUCGACGCUUUCCUGAUCCUUCCCGCAGGUGGCGGCUCAGCAGAAAGAGCAGGAGACAACUCAGAGGGCCGAGAGGGAGGUGACGCGAAUGGUUGUCGCCAUGGUGGCUGCCUUCCUCGUCUGCUGGCUGCCCUACGCCAGUUUCGCCAUGGUGGUCGCCACCCACAAGGACCUCGCCAUACGGCCAGCGCUCGCUUCCCUGCCGUCGUAUUUUUCCAAGACGGCGACAGUGUACAACCCCAUCAUCUAUGUCUUCAUGAACAAGCAGGUAAGCACCCAAGGAGAAAUUAAAUGA